AUGGCUAUGAGAGAUGUGCAAAACCAAGUCAGUCAAUUGGCUAAUGAUAUGAAUCAACUCAAGGAACAAGGAUCUGGAAAGCUUCCUUCUCAACCAUUGAACCAUAAGGAGAAUGUCAAUGCUAUUGAGUUAAGAAGUGGGAAGCAAGUUAAGCAACCGGCAACAUUACCAAAUGCUAAUGGUCCUGUUUUAGACCAAGAAGUGGACGAAACAGCCCCUAACAAGGCUGAUUUGGUAAAAAAUUCUCACUCUAAACCUCUUGUUUCUACUAAUGUGACUUCUCCUCCUUUUCCUAGUAGGUUUGCAAAGUCCAAGAAGGAGACACUGUACAAGGAGAUUUAUGAGAUCUUCAAGAAUAUCCAAGUGAACAUACCACUCCUUGAGGCGAUAAGGCAAGUUCCUCGCUACGCAAAGUUCUUGAAGGAAUUGUGCACUAACAAGCACAAAUUGGUCGGUAAUGAAGUUAUGUAUGUGGGUGAGAAUGCUUCCGCGUAUCUUCAAAAUAAACUCCCACAAAAGUUAAAGGAUCCCGGUAGCUUCACUAUACCAUGUACAAUUGAUAUAACCAGGUUUGAUCGUGCUUUACUAUACUUAGGUGCAACUAUUAAUGUUAUGCCUGCCUCAAUAUAUGAAUCGUUAGACCUUGGUCCUCUUAAGGAUACUCGUAUUAUCAUUCAACUUGCUGAUAGGUCCACUACAUGCACGAAAGGGGUUGUGGAAGAUGUUUUGGUGCAGGUUAACGAUCUUAUUUUUCCUGCAAAUUUUUAUGUUCUAGAUAUGAGGGAUGAAGAUUCUUCCUCGUCUACACCUUUGUUGUUGGGUAGACCUUUCAUGAGAACUGCUAGAACUAAAAUUGAUGUCUUUAAAGGCACCAUAACAAUGGAAUUUGAUGGUGAACCCAUAAGUUUCAACAUCUUUGAGGCUAUGAGAUACUUGAGUGACGUACAUUCUUGUUUUUCAGUUGAUGUGGUUGAUUCUUUGGCUCAACAGAUGUUCGAGUUAGAUGGCGAUGAUGCAUUAGAUAAAGCCAUAAUCAAGAGUUUAGAUUGUGCAAAUCAUAUUGACAUGAAAAGUGAUAUUGAAAUGUAUGAUGAGAUUAAAGAAGUCAUUUGCUCUCUUACUGCAUUACAAGAACUCUCACCUAGAAAUGAUUUUUCUUAUAUUUCCUUACCUUGUACUAAUGAUAAAUACUUGCCAUCGAUUUUGCAGGCACCUGUCCUUGAAUUGAAACCUCUUCCAUAUCACCUCAAGUAUUUCUAUUUAGGUGAUAAGGAAGAGUUACCAGUGAUUAUUGCCAAAAACCUCACCAAGGUGCAAGAAGAGAAUCUUGUUCGUGUGCUAAGAGAAUACAAAUCUUCCAUGUGUAUGCACUGA